CCCAUAACUGAAGCCUUACAGAAUUAUUAGAUAAUGGGCCUAAUGGGCUUUUUUAUUACGGCCCAAAUAGACACAGCUACGUCAUCGUCAUCGUCAUCGUCUUCCCCCAAAUUCAUUCGAGAUGCCCUACAAAAAUUCUGGCUGCUAUCUUCUUCUUCUUCUGCUUCUUCCUCGAUUUAGUACAGAAACUGUAAUUUUAUCAAUGUCCUCCCUUUCGUUUCCAUCUUCCUCUUCGUCUGCCCUUUUACCUUCCCUGUUUGCUUUUGAUUCUUCGCGUAUUGUCUCAUUGCAACCAAAGAAGCUAACUCGUCUUCAAAGUCACUUCUUUACUCCUAAACAACAUGUUUCAUUUCCACAGUCUAAUGUCUCUGGUUACAGAGCGUUUUGUGUUUCUUCUUCAACUUCCCCACCAGAAGGAACAGUCUCAGUAGUCGAUUUCCAUGAGAAAGAUUGGUCCUUUCUCGAAUCUAUGGAAACAGACUCCACUGAACAUACCCAGAAGAUCGAAAAGAUCAUAAAAGCUGGAGAAAUAUCAGAAUCCUCGAGGGUUUUGGUUUCAAUUAGCUCAGAGGCCUUCGUUGAUCGUCUGGUGGAAUCUUCUUCACCUACUCAGCUCUUGCUUAUAGUCCAUGACUCCCUUUUUACGUUAGCCUGUGUCAAAGAGAAGUACGACAAAGUCAAAUGUUGGCAAGGGGAAAUGAUCUAUGUCCCUGAAAAAUGGUCUCCAUUAGACGCUGUGUUUCUUUACUUCCUUCCAGCUUUGCCUUUCCACCUCGACGAGCUGUUCAAGACACUCUCUCAACGUUGUUCCUCAGGUGCACGAGUAGUAAUCAGUCACCCGCAAGGUAGACAAGGCUUGGAGCAGCAAAGGAAAGAGUUUUCAGAUGUGGUCGUCUCUGAUUUACCUGAUGAUUCCACAUUGAGGAAUGUUGCCAAGAGGCAUUCAUUUGAGCUAACCCAGUUUGUUGAUGAGCAAGGACUUUAUCUUGCUGUUCUGAAAUCCUCCAAACAAUAGAUUAUGUCAAGAGACCAUCAUCAUAAAUCAUCUUUUGUAUGAGAUAUAUAUAUAUAUAUAAGAUUUUUUUUUUU